AUGGAUAUGGCUAUGGACUACCUUGCUACGCUGAUGGACAAGGACUUUCAAGCACAUUUUGGCUAUGAUAACCUGGUUACGGUGGAUCCCAUUGGCAGAAGUGGGGGCUUAGCCCUGUACUAUAAUAAUGAAUUUGAGGUCACAAUCUCCUACACAAGUAAUAGGAUGAUAGAUGUGGAAGCAGUGGCUCUUGGAAGAAGAGUUUACAUCACUUUUGUUUACGGGGAUCCAGUACAGGAAUUAAGGGAACAUAUAUGGGAAAGGUUAACUCGGUUUGGGCUUGCGCGCUCUGAACCUUGGUUUGUGAUAGGUGAUCUCAAUGAGAUCACUGGUAAUCAUGAAAAGGAUGGAGGGGCGAUGAGGAACCCUGAUUCUUUCGUUCCUUUUAAUACUAUGAUUCGGAAUAGUGGACUAUUAGAAUUCCUAGCACGUGGGAAUAAAUUGUCUUGGCAAGGACGGAGGGGUAAGGGAGUGGGUGCAGUGAUGGUUCGCUGUCGAUUGGAUCAGGCCCUGGCAAAUGAGGAAUGGCACACUCUAUUCCCAUGUUCAUACACGGAAUACCUCCGUAUGGUGGCAUCGGAUCAUCGACCGGUAGUGGCUUAUCUGGAAGACAAAGUAGUGAGGAGAAAAGGACAGUUUAAAUUUGACAAACGUUGGAUCGGACAGGAUGGCUUAUUAGAGGCUAUCACCUCCGGCUGGAAGGAACAAAAUUGUUCCCAACCAGAACCUUUUGUCACAAAGAUUAGCAACUGUAGACAUGAAAUCGCAAAAUGGAGAAAGGACAAUCCCCCUUUCGGAAAGGAUAAAAUAAAUGAGCUACAAAAAGCUCUGGAGGAGGUUCAGAUGGAUAAUAACAGGUCACAGGAGGAUAUCCUGGAGGUCUCUAGGAAGUUACAAGAGGCAUACAUGGAUGAGGAGGACUAUUGGUUUCAAAAAAGUAGGAAUAUGUGGUAUUCAUCUGGGGACCGCAAUACAGAAUUUUAUCAUGCAUUGACAAUGCAACGUCGGGUGAGAAAUAGAAUUGUUGGACUACAUGAUGCUGAUGGUAACUGGAUAAUGGAUGAUGAGGGAGUGGAGAAGGUAGCAGUGAAUUACUUUGAUGAGCUGUUCACUACUACCUCUCCAACGGCUUUUGACAAUUUUUUAUCAGAAGUACAACCAUCUAUCUCUACGCAGACCAAUGGGUGGUUAUUAAAACUAGCUACUGAAGAAGAGAUACGUCAAGCUCUGUUUAUGAUGCACCCAGGCAAAACCCCAGGCCCUGAUGGAAUGACUGCAUUAUUCUUUCAACAUUCAUGGCACAUCAUUAAGACAGAUUUGGUGGAGUUGGUAUUAUGCCAACGGCUGAAGAUAUGUUUACCAUCGCUUAUAUCAGAAACUCAAUCAGCCUUUGUGGCAGGACGCCUAAUCUCGGAUAAUAUCCUUAUAGCACAGAAAAUAUUUCAUGGUUUGAGGGCCAACAAGGCAUGUCAAGAGGCGCUCAUUGCGAAUAUUAAAAAAGUGGAACGAGAGAAACAGUUGACUGGGAUGAAGGUGGCUCGUGUUUGUCCUUCGAUAUCUCACCUCCUCUUUGCAGAUGACAGUCUAUUCUUCUGCAAAGCACAAGAGGCAGAGUAUCAAACUAUUCUCAGGAUCCUCCAGGAUUAUGCUGCAGUAUCUGGACAAUUGAUUAAUUUCCAAAAAUCGUCCAUUCAGUUUGGACAUAAGAUUGAGGAUUCAAGACGACAGAUGAUGCGGGAUAUCUUAGGAAUACAGAAUGUUGGUGGUAUGGGUACUUACUUGGGUCUCCCAGAAAAUGUGGGUGGAUCAAAGAUCCAAAUUUUCGGAUUCGUACAGGAUAGAGUAAGCUCUCGGGUUAAUGGAUGGACUUUCGGUAUUUUACUAAGGAGGGAAAGGAGGUAG